GGAAGCGUACGCCAAUUUGGGCGCGGCUGACUCGAGUGUUUCUGUUGUCUCAAACGGCGUAAGCUGCAGGAGCCUUAGCUAUGCCGUCGCAGGGCCGCUGUUGGGAGACCCUGGAGGCGCUGCGCCGUUCCGACAAAGGUCGCCUCUGCUACGACCGCGACUGGCCUCUGCGGGGCGAGGAUAUUUUAGAAGAAAGUACGCGUCCUCCCAAGCUAUCUCCUUACUGUGGAUGGGUGAUAGAUCAUGUCUUAGCCCAUCAUCAAGAGAGCCCACUUCCCUCGAAAACUUCUGCUUCAGACCUAGACCAGCCUUCAUUUGUUCCCACAUCUCCUGUCAGAAGCCCCGCCUUCCCACCAGCCUCCUCAGCACCAAAUGGAGCCAAGAGCAAACGUGAGUCCCAGCACACAGAAUCCAAGGCACUUCCGUCCCCCCGGGGGGUCACAGUGGAAGGCUGCAUCCGGAUGUAUGAGCUGGUGCACAGAACGAAAGCAUUGGAGAGGCUGAGGUGCCGGCAGGAGGAGCAGGAGAAGACGGUGCGAGUGUUCGCUGACAUGGCUUCUGAACAACUGAAGCGGUAUGAUGAGCGGAGGGAGCUGAAGCAUCAUAAAGAACUCCAGGACCUACGGGAAAUGAUGGAGAAGAGCUCCAGAGAAGCCCUGGGCCACCAAGAGAAGCUAAAAGCUGAGCAUCGUCACAGAGCAAAGAUUCUCAACCUGAAGCUGCGGGAGGCAGAGCAACAGCGCCUGAAGCAAGCGGAACAGGAGCGGCUGCGGAAGGAAGAAGGGCAGACCCGCCUGCGGAGACUCUAUGCCCUGCAGGAGGAGGUGCUGCACCUCAGCCAGCAGCUGGACGCCUCGGAGCAGCAGCACAGAGGCCUGAAGGCUGACCUUUCUGCCUUCCGCACCCGCGGCAACCAGCUGUGUGGCCUCAUCUCGGGGAUCAUCCGGGCCGCGUGUGAGAACGGCCUUCCCACGGCAGAGGACCAGGCUGUGGCCGAGAGGGCUCUGCAGGAAAUGCGGGACCUCCUUAGGAACUCGGAGCAGGAGAUCACCAGGGCCUGUGAGGACAAGAGGAGGCAGGAGGCGGAGGAGGCCCGGGUAAAGCAGCAGGAGUCCCAGGGGAAGCGGGGGCCUGAGGUCCACAAAGAGUCCCCGGCUCCCAGCCAGGGCCUAGGAAGGAAACAGAAUGAAGAUCUCCAGUUCAAGGCUCAAGACAGCACAAUGCAGUGGUACCAGCAGCUACAGGACGUUGCCAGUCAGUGUGCGUUGGCCUUUGAGGGACUGACCAGCAGCAAAGACAGUCAGGUCAGAAAGAUAAAGAUGGACCUCCAGAAGGCUGCCACCAUCCCAGUGAGCCAAAUCUCCACCCUAUCAGGCUCAAAGGUGAAGGAGGUAUUUGACAAGAUCCACAACCUACUCUCUGGAAAGUCUGUUCAGUCUGGUGGGCGUGCUGUGUGUGUCUCACUUCACCCACAGGGCCUGGACUUUGUCCAGUACAAACUGGCAGAGAAAUUUGUGAAACAAGGAGAUGAGGAAGUGGCCUCGCACCGUGAGGCAGCAUUUCCCAUCGCAGUGGUGGUGUCCGGGAUCUGGGGACUCUUCCCUAGAGUGGGGGCCCUCUUUCUGGCUCAUCUGCACAAGAAUUGCCCUUACUCGGUUCCUUUCUACCCAGCCUUCAAGGAGGGCAUGGCUUUGGAAAACUAUCAGAGGAUGCUUGGCUACCGAGUGGAGGACUCCAAGGUGGAACCGCAGAACAGAUUUCUGAAACGCAUGUCUGGGAUGAUCCGUCUGUAUGCUGCCGUCAUCCAGCUCCGGGGGCCGUAUGAGAGCCAACAGGAGGCUCAUCCUCAUGGCUUAAAUCAUGGCUGGCAUUGGUUGGCACAGAUCUUAAACAUGGAGCCACUGUCGGACGUGACAGCCACCCUCCUCCUUGACUUUCUGGAGGUAUGUGGGAAUGCCCUCGUGAAGCAAUACCAGAUCCAGUUCUGGAAAAUGAUGCUUCUCAUCAAGGAAGACUAUUUACCCCGGAUCGAAGCCAUCACAAGCUCAGAUCAGAUGGGUUCCUUCACACGCCUCAAACGGUUCGUGGAGGAAUGUUGGCAGCGCAAGGAGAUUCCUGUGCCCAAGGGCUUUCUGCCCCCAUCCUUCUGGCGUUCCUGAUGUCUGUCAUCUUCCAUCACCCCCAUUUUGUUGUGGAAGAACAGUAAUAAAGCAGCUCAAGACAACUGUAUUUGGAAGAAGGCAUGUCAGAUGUAGAAAUCUACCAAUACCCAUUUUUAUAUAUUUGUGUCUUGUGACCAGGAAUGAAGAUUUUCAUGGGUCACAAAACCUAGGUGGCCCCUUAGUAGAUUUGAUGACUCCCUAAGGGGUCCAUAUGCUGAGCGAUGGACUCAAAAGGUACACUUUUACAGUGACUGCAAUGGGGUAUGUGGGGGGGACUUGUUAAUAGGGGGAGUCUGGAACCAUAAUGUUCAAAUAAUUGUAUAUUAACAAUACCAAAAUUUAAAAAAUAAUAAAAAUAAUCUUAAAAAACAGUCCACUUUAAUUGUCUUGGUUAGUAGCCAAGGCCCAGUCCUUACCUGCAAGUCUAGGUUAUAGUGGCUUUUGCUUUUCUCAGCUUGUGACAUAAUUGUAAAUUCAGAGGACAUGCCUGAUGUCAACAAGGAUGAAGUCCCAGACAGCAGCAGAGGUAGUUUAGUGUCUGGGAUCAGGGCUGUUAGCACAUGUAUUUUGAACCGAAAAACACUGUUUGUUCUUUAAAUUUGGAAUCUGGUCUGUGGAGCACUAGGGAUGCAAAAACCAGGCAGGUGCCUUUGUGUUUUUCAGUUUGGGUUAGAUUGGGCUGAGAUGGGGCCUGGUACGCUGUGCAUGGGCUGAGCACCUGUAAGCAGUGGACGCAGGGUUAAACAUGUUAGGGAAGAACCGAGGACUGCUUUCUCAAUUUUUAUGUGUUCUGCAUAAUGAAUGAUGAUAGAGCUUGGUUCUUCAGAUAAGAGUGGGAUUUGUUCUGUGGAAAGACUCAUUCUCCUUCAUACUGCAGAGGCAGCAGCCAUGGAUCUGUUCCUCUGUGCUAAAUGUCGUGGGAGGGAUGUGUUUUAGGGGUAUUCCCUGCUAUUCUUGAGUGGCUUGAAGUGUAUUCCAUGAAUUAUUGACUAUGGUGCCAAAAAAUGAGUAAUAAAGCUUGAUUUUUAAAAAGCCAUUGCUCAAAAAUGAACAAGUGGGACUAUAUCAAGCUGAAAAGCUUCUGUACAGCAAAGGACACCAUCAGUAGAACAAAAAGGUAUCCUACAAUAUGGGAGAAUAUAUUCAUAAAUGACAGAUCCGAUAAAGGGUUGACAUCCAAAAUAUAUAAAGAGCUCACGCACCUCAACCAACAAAAAGCAAAUAAUCCAAUUUAAAAAUGGGCAGAGGAGCUGAACAGACAGUUCUCCAAAGAAGAAGUUCAGAUGGCCAGUAGACACAUGAAAAGAUGCACCACAUCGCUUGUCAUCAGAGAAAUGCAAAUUAAAACCACAAUGAGAUAUCACUGCACACCAGUAAGGAUGGCCGCCAUCCAAAAGACAAACAACAAAUGUUGACAAGGUUGUGGAGAAAGGGGAACCCUCCUACACUGUUGGUGGGAAUGCAAAUUAGUUCAACCAUUGUGGAAAGCAGUAUGGAGGUUCCUCAAAAAGCUCGAAAUAGAAACACCAUUUGACCCAGGAAUUCCACUUCUAGGAAUUUACCCUAAGAAUGCAGCACUCCAGUUUGAAAAGGACAGGUGCACCCCUAUGUUUAUCGCAGCACUAUUUACAAUAGCCAAGAAAUGGAAGCAACCUAAAUGUCCAUCAUUAGAUGAGUGUAUAAAGAAGAGGUGGUACAUAUACACAAUGGAAUAUUAUUCAGCCGUAAGAAAAAAACAGAUCCUACCAUUCGCAACAACAUGGAUGGAGCUAGAGGGCAUUAUGCUCAGUGAAAUAAGCCAGGCGGAGAAAGACAAGUACCAAAUGAUUUCACUCAUCUGUGGAGUAUAAGAACAAAGGAAAACUGAAGGAACAAAACAGCAGCAGAAUCACAGAACCCAAGAAUGGACUAACAGUUACCAAAGGGAAAGGGACUGGGCAGGAUGGGUGGGA